AACUUUUUCAGGUAAGAAAUCAACAGGUCAUUCGACUAACAAUAACAUUUCCACACAGCAUACACAUCGAAUAGUGAAACCUUAACUCGGGGAAAAUUAAUUAUUGUGCAUUAUCGGCUUCGUAGAAAACGUUUGAUCGGCAUCCGAAAAGUGUAUUGUGUUAAUUCAGUUACCAAACUCAAAACUGUUGAACAAGAAGUGUUGUGAACGGUGAAGAAUUUUUUUUCAGACAUGAUCGACGCGUAAGUUUGCCGAACAUUAUUUUAAAUAGUAUUAAGUACGGUGGACCGAAAUACAUCAGUGACCGUUUUAUUGUGGCUUGUAACGGAAAGAAAAUUGUUCAAUCGUAUCUAUCGUCCAACAUUGAGAAUAAUAUUACCAUACGGGAAGCACACAAUACACAAUCUAGCGAAAUAGCAUUGAGAUAAUGAGAUAUAUACCAUCCUAAGCCUAAGCAGUUGAAUUCAUUGGAGCUGCUACAAUUUCCAUAAUAAAAUUAUUAUUCGAUCUUCUUAGAUGUAGACCACCAUUCAUAAUAAUACCGUUAAAGUCAAUGGAUAUUUUCAAAUCUUUGUAUUUAUUGAAAUCUAAUUAAAUAGAAGUACCGAGUCAUUUCCAGCUGAUAAAAGUGAUUAUCUAAAAUUAAAGUGGAGACUUUGAUGGUAUAUCAGUGGCUGUCCCUAAUCGAAAAUGUGUACUGCAAUCGAAUUAAAUGUACGAAAAAUACUCAAAUAAAUAUUUACCAUACAACGAAAAGAGAAUUUUCGAUGUGAUACUUAAAAUGAUGGCGUUCGUAGACAUGAUGGAUUUUCUUACACAAAACCACUUUGCACCUGCCUUAGACGUGUGUAUAUGUAACUUUAUAACGUACAUACUUGUGUGAGUCUUCUUUUUUUCCAUUUUCUAGAAUUUGGUGUAAGUAAAAAAAAGUUAAAAACAAAAAUAAAGAAGAUGAUGGCUGCGUAACAGGCAUAUAUAACAUUCGAGAUAUGCGUUUCCAUAUUUAAUCUGCUUUUUUGUCUGUACAUCAUCAUCAUCAACAUGGGGCUUAGAAUUGAGAGUUAGUCAUCGCAUUGUUCAACAUCGUUACCUACAGUGAUGUAAACAGAAUUGCAUCGUAAAAGAGUCGAAAGAAAUAUUUUUCCUGUUCAGUCUUUUCGUUACACAGUCUUCGAAUAACAGUCAUCUCCGAAUACACAAUCACAUCUUCUUAGACCUUGAAUAGGUGUAAUUGCUGGGUUAACGACGAUUCGGUUCAUCCUAACAACAACGACUAUCAAACUCUAAUAAUCUGCAGUCGAACCACAUGAACUCAACAUGUCGUUCAGAGACCAUCCAUUUAAUCGCUCAACACGACCGCUCUUAGAACGUCGCGCUCAGCCCCAAAUCAUUACGCCUAAACCAGAAUUUAAAACGCACGGUUUCAACGAUUUCAAGUAUGUGGCCAAACAAUACAAGGAGCUGAACAAUUCAUUCAUUGGAUAUCCAUAUGGAAAUCCACCAUCACCCACCAUUACCACCGAUUUCAUUUUCUCUGACGAUUCUGGCAUAAUAUCAGAUACCACAAUGAACAGUACGAAACUAAAUGAUAGUACAUCCAGUGAAUAUCGAUUCAACGACGACAGUUAUACCAAACAGUAUCGAUGGGUGCCGGAGAAGCCGCUGCAACCGACCGCUAAUAUUAUCAAUAAGUGUCCUAUUGAAACGCCAGGUCCAUUCAUUUUCGGUGUUGAUACGAAUGAAAAUGAGGAAUUUACUCGAAAUACAGAAUCUGUGAUAGAAACGAAAGCACAAUACUCGAAUCUAGUAACAAAGUUCAAGAAUACGGGAACGUCCAAUUGCUCAAAGAAGAGUUCGACUGAAGAGAAAAAGUUUCUAAAGAACAAUAGGAAACGUAAUAAAUCAGAAAAUAAGAAAAGCGCAAAGCACGUAAAGUGUGUUGUUGUCGGUGAUGGAGCAGUUGGUAAAACCAAUUUGAUUUUCUCAUAUUUAGAAAAUAAAUUUGUGGAUCAGCACAUACCGACAGCAUCGGAUAUUUACAAUUUUGAAGUUCAGGUAAAUGAGACACCAGUUCAAGUGACGUUAUGCGACACCGCUGGGCAGGACUCUUUGGAUCAGUUACGCCAACUUUCCUAUCCCGAUUGCGAUGUGUUUCUACUAUGCUUUUCGGUCAUCAGGCCGGCAUCAUUCCAUGCUAUUAAACGGAAAUGGGCACCCACAUUUCACAAAACAAAGGCAUCUCUUCUACUCGUUGGUACACAGUCUGAUCUAAGAACAAACUCACAAGUUAUCGCUAGUUUAAAGAAACAAGGACAAUGUCCAGUAUCCGCAAAUGAUGCAUGGGAUCUAGCAACGUCAAUUGGAGCUGAAUUUAUUGAGACAUCGUCGCGUAAUAAUUUAGGAGUUAAGGAUGCCUUUGAUACAGCCAUUUGGGAUGCGUUACGAGCACUCGAAAAUAAUAACCAUAAUAAAUCUUCAUUUUGGAAGAAAUUAAUUUGUUUGGCCUGAGAGUGGCACAUCAUCUCAGAAAAUUAUCGAAGACUUAUUAUUUCUACUGAAUUCCUGCCUCUACUAGGGCAUCAUCUGGAUACAUUCCGAGCCCGAAAUUAUUUAAAUAAAUUUAUUACGAAAAAAAAACAAA